ACGCAAUAAUUCCACAAACGAUGGAAAGCCAAUCACAUCGCCACUGUCUCUGAUCAUCACACGGAAACUUCACAACUGCUUCUUCGUCCUCGCCCUCUUACUCUCCACCAACUUCGACCUCCUCCUCCUCCUUCUUCUUCUUCCGAUUCCGUCACAAUCCGAAGUUUUUGAUCCGAAUUUAAGCAAGCGCCAUGGACGCCUCUGUUUCGAGCUCCCCUCUUUCUGUUCUAUUACUGCCGCUGCUGCUUCUUCUUCUUGAUGGCUUCUCUGUCGGGGGAGCUUCCGUUAAUGGCGGAAAGGCGGCGCCUUUUUCGCUCGCGCUGCCGCUUAGAGCCCAAAAGGCGCUGCCUUUAUCGUCGGCGAACAAACUCUUGUUCCGCCACAACGUCAGCCUCACGGUGGCGCUUGCCGUCGGGACGCCAUCGCAGAACGUGACCAUGGUGCUCGACACCGGCAGCGAGCUCUCGUGGAUUCUCUGCAACGCCAGCGAGGGGGCGAGGUUCGAGCCCCGCCGCUCUUCCUCGUACUCCGCCGUUCGCUGCGAGUCCUCCACUUGCCGCGACCGCGGGCGCGACCUCCCGAUGCCGCCCGUGUGCGACGCCGGCGCCUGCCGCGUUUACCUCUCUUAUGCCGAUGCGUCCACCGCCGAGGGCGCGCUCGCCACCGACGUCUUCCGGGUGGGCCGCUCCGGCCCGACGCCCACCGUGUUCGGUUGCGUAAGCUCCGCUUACUCCUCCGCGGCCGCCGGCGAUUCGGACGCCGCCGGGAUCCUCGGCAUGAACAGGGGAUCCCUCUCCUUCGUGACCCAGAGCGCGAUUCGCCGGUUCUCCUACUGCAUCCCCGACCGCGAAACCGCCGGCGUGCUCCUUCUCGGCGCGGCGGCGCCGCCUCCCUUCUUCCUCCCGCAGCUCAACUACACUCCCCUGGUCCAAAUCUCCCUCCCCCUGCCGUACUUUGACCGCGUCGCCUACUCCGUUCAACUCGACGGCAUCCGCGUCGGCGGCGCGCUGCUCCCGAUCCCCAAAUCGGUCCUGGUGCCGGACCACACCGGCGCCGGGCAGACGGUGGUGGACUCGGGCAGCCAGUUCACGUUCCUGCUCGCCCCGGCCUACGAGGCGCUGAAGGUGGAGUUCUUGCGGCAGACGCAGGGGAGGCUGACGCCGCUCGGUGAGCCGGACUUCGUGUUUCAAGGGGCGAUGGACACGUGCUUCCGGCUGAAGUCGAUGGCGCCGCCGCCACGAGGGCUUCCAGGCGUGGCGCUGCUGCUGCAGGGCGGGGCGGAGGUGACGGUGGAAGGGGAACGGGUGUUGUACCGCGCUGAGGGGGAGACACGCGGCGGCGACGCCGUCUGGUGCCUCUCGUUCGGCAACUCCGACCUGGUGCCGAUGUCCGCCUACGUCAUCGGGCACCACCAUCAACAGAACGUUUGGGUCGAGUACGACCUGGAGAACCGCCGGGUCGGGUUCGCGCCCGCCCAGUGCGACCAGGCGAGCCGAAUCCUCGGCGUCUGAUGAGCAAUUCAGUCUGUUGGAUUCGAAUCAAUUUGAUGAGACCGUAGUCGAAUUGACUCGAUGUCCCAACCUCCUUCUCGAUGUUGUCAAUAGUGUACAGGUCAAAGUGGACUUAUCGUUUUGUAUAGGUCGAUCAAAACCCAAGGACCAAACGGAUGUUAAAAUAGGUUCUAUGUUUUGUCACAAGCAAUAUCGUAUGAAUCAUUAUAUGUUAUGCUCAAAUGAUACUUAUAUUUAGUUUAGAAUGGAUUAAUCUCA